GUCUUUUAAACACUAACUACCGAGCUGUAGUACUGCAUGAAAAAAUAAGAAUCAUACAGUCUGUGUAUAAAUUUACAUCAUAUGUAGUGAAAGUGAUUUUAUGUUCACCCUGGACGCAUUGUGUGCGUAUCUGAGACAGUCAUAGCUUUUUGUUUUCUGCCGGAUUCGGUCCGUCAGCGGUCCUUCUGUUUCCGUGUCUGGGAGGAGAGCAGUAGUGUGAUUUCAGAAGAAGCUUCUAUCUGUUAACAUGCAGGACCCAAACGAAGACACAGAGUGGAAUGAUAUCCUGAGGAAGAAAGGCAUUCUUCCUCCCAAAGAGGUACCAAAAGAAGAUGAAGAGGAAGAGCUGGCUCUCCAACAGCAGUCUGUUGUUAAAACGUAUGAGGACAUGACACUGGAAGAACUGCAGGAGAAUGAAGACGACUUUAGUGAAGACGAUGAGGCUGCCGUUGAAAUGUACAGACAGAAGCGUCUCGCGGAGUGGAAGGCGACUCAGUUGAAGAACGUGUUUGGAGAGGUGGUGGAAAUCUCUGGGCAGGACUACAUCAAGGAGGUCAACAAGGCCGGAGACAGCAUCUGGGUGGUGCUGCACCUUUACAAACAGGGCAUCCCACUGUGUACCCUUUUAAACCAACACCUGAGUUUGUUGGCCAGGAAGUUCCCUCAGACCAAGUUCCUCAAGUCCAUCUCCACCACCUGCAUCCCCAACUACCCAGACCGCAACCUGCCCACCAUCUUUGUCUAUUUUGAGGGAGAGAUGAAGGCCCAGUUCAUUGGGCCCCUGGUCUUUGGGGGCAUGAACCUUAAAGUUGAAGAGCUGGAGUGGAGGUUAUCAGAGUCCGGGGCGGUGAAGACAGACCUGGAGGAAAACCCCAAAAAGCAAAUCGAAGACAAGCUAAUGUCAUCGAUCAGAUGUUCGCUUCCUACAGGAAAGGACAGUGACUCUGGGGACGAGGAUUAUUAGAAACAAACACCUGUCACUCCAAACCAGCGGCAUUUGGACAGGACACUUGGCUGGACCUAUCAGCUUUUUGCUUGAAGCACCCGGCCUCCUGUACAUCUCCAUAGGGAGAACGGCACAACUACCGCUCUUUUAUAACACUCUUUUGUAGUUUGAAUAAACUUCUGACUCCAUCAACUGAAUUUUUACAUAAGAAUCAAACUUUUUUUUUUAUUACACCUCAUAAUUGUCACAAAAUGUUCAUAUACAUUUCAGUCUGUUGAAUUAAAUGUGAUUCCACCUCUUUGCCACAA